UCCACGCACAGCUUUCGCAAGUACAACAGAGUUGUAUGGACAGCGACACGACGAUUCGACAGCAAGUCUUGCAAAACACACUGAAGGAAGUCCACUUCCGACAUGAGGAUGGCAAAACCGAGGACAGUCACGCCGUUUCUCACGAAGAGCCCUGCGUCAUCUGCCUCGAACGGAUUUCUGAGCUCGCGAUAGCCGUUCCAUGCCAGCACCAUAACUUUGAUUUUCUUUGCCUCGUGAGCUGGCUUCAGCAGCAGUCAUCCUGUCCAUUAUGUAAAUCCGAAGUUACGGCGGUCAAAUAUGGCCCAUCACCACAAGGUUACAAGACCUACACAGUCACAUCUACGACUCCCACUCCAACUCCCACUCCCACGCCGAGCUCGGGUCCAUCUCAAGCCUCCUCGCGUUUCCGCGGCUCCGGUGCUCCGCUGCAGCACCGCCCAUUCGGACCCCGCAGACCCCGUCGGCCUCUCUCCCCUCCUAGUCCCAACGAAGCACUUGUUCGGCGGAGACGCGUCUACCGGCACCAGCUAUACUCGCGACACGUUGGGUCUAAUCGUUUAUCUCGAUUUCGGGACUUGACUCCGCAAAUGUUCUGUCGCGACGCUGAGCUGGUUUCGCGCGCGCGAAAAUGGAUUCGGCGGGAGUUGCAAGUCUUUGCUUUUCUGAACCCAGAAACUACAAAUGGAGACGGAAGCGGCGGAGGUGACGAAGCAGUCUCUCGAAGGGCCAACAAUGCCGAGUUCUUGCUGGAAUAUAUCAUUGCUAUUCUCAAAACUGUGGAUAUCAAAGACAGCGGCGGACAAGCGGAGGAUAUGCUGCAGGAGUUUCUCGGUAGAGACAAUGCGAAGUUAUUCUUGCACGAGCUCCGAGCCUGGCUUCGAAGCCCGUAUGUCUCGCUGCAAGAUUGGGAUCGCGCGGUACAGUAUGAUGAAUCCGCAAUCAAGAAUCCCGAGUCUUCUGGUCUCGGAGAAGUUGCGGAGUCUGAACCGAGUCGCCCUCGAGCCAGAGACCGUACUGAAGCACCGCCUGAAACUUCGUCGCAAAUUCCAGCUGGGGCUGAGCCUGGGCCGGUCCGCAGAGCAAGGACCGAUCAUUAUUCGCCCAGAAGAAGAAGCCCUUACAACGAUAGUCGUGAACGCCGAGGCCGACGGGGAUUUCGGCCAACAGAUCGGUACAUUCCUGACUGAAGCCUGCAAAGCCGUUCUGCUUGGUUCGGACGAAUCGGCCUUUUCCUUUUUUUCGCCUUUUACUCUGGUCCACUUGGUUCCAAUGGUUGCUUUUUCACCUUUUACUGGUCCCCAUGGUCCCAAUGAUUCCUUUUUUCACCUUUCCCUGGUCCCCUGGUGCCAACGAGUCACUGUCCAAUUCAGCAUCGUACUAUACCCAUUUCUCCUUUUUUCCCUCUUACAACUGUUCAAUAGCAUCCAGUUUCGGCACCUCAUAUGUACCAUAACUCUUUUUUCUGAAAUGACUCGAAAUUUUGAACAAAAAAGUAUAUUAGAUUUAUCGAAAGCAAUUUAGACUUGGCC